AUGCCAAGGAUGAGAUGGAUUGACGAGGUUACAAAGGACCUAAGGAGUAUGGGAGCAGACCUGGAGCCGACAAGAGGACAGAGGUCCUGGAGGCACGUGGUUGGAGAGACCAAAGACCACCUUGGUUUUCAAUGGCCACAGAAAGGUGAGAGGGAGAUGAGAAAACAAGUAAUAAGAGGUACGUUGGAGGAAAGGAGACCAUUGAGAAGGCCAAGGAUGAGAUGGAUUGACGAGGUUACAAAGGACCUAAGGAGUAUGGGAGCAGACCUGGAGCUGGCAGAGGACAGAGGAUCCUGGAGGCACAUGGUUGUCGAGGCCAAAGACCACCUUGGCUUUCAAUGGCCACAGGAGCAAGAGUAA